GAGAAAACGCGCCACGGCUUUGUUUGGAGGACGAAGAAAAACAGGGAUUUUGCAAGCGGGGAAUUGGCCAAAUUAAACGUAACCAUGCUGUUGUUACAUCACUGUCACAUCUGGCCCCGGGGUGAGUGGCCAGGGCAUCUCCGUCGCGCCUGCUGCCUGUGUUGUCAGCUCGGGGGGGACAUGACGAGCGUUGUGGUCAGUCGAUUCGGUGCGCACUAAUCAUGACUCCGGCGCGGCCCGGAGCGCCAAACUUUAAUCAACAACACCUGGAAGUUUGUAGGAUCGUGACGCCAUUGAAGGUGUUGGGGGAAAUAAAGAAUAGAGGAGAUUUCCACUUUUUCCUGUUCCUGUAAGUGCUGCUCAAGACUGGCUGCGCUGCUAUUCUGCUGCUGAUUCUGGCGACUGAGCCUCCUGUCUGUUCAUUUGUGUGUCUGUGAUUGUCUUAUCCUGGGCUCCAAAGACUUUACGCUGGCUGAACGGCAGCCAUGGACGUGGCCCUGGUAGAUUUUGAGAGCCUGGAUAACCUCAAUGGCAGCAUGGAAGACGAGUUGGACACUUAUGCAGAUGAAACCACAGCUCUCACAGUGGACAUACCCCCAGAGGACAGCAGCCCAAGCAGCAACUACCUUCUGCGAGCCGCUCAGCUUUCCUCUACACCCUCCCACCACAGUCAUGUGCCCGCCUGCAUGUGGGAAUCCACCUCAUCUUCACCCACUCCACAAACACGGACACUAAGAGUGCCCCAGUCUCCAUCUAUGCCAUCUCCAAGCAGGCAGGGACGCAGUAGCUGCGCCAGUAUGAUCUCCAACUGGAAAUUGCUGUUAAGCAGUGAGGGCACGAAGGAGAGCGAGACCAUCUUCAGCCGACUUGCUAAGGAGUGUUGUGAGGAUAUAUUUGUAGAUAAGCGAGGGCUUGAUGAUGGAGACCAGAAAGUCAUCAUCAACAUUGCCGGUCUUCGUUUUGAGACACAACUCAAAACUUUGGACCAGUUUCCUGAUACACUCCUAGGAGACCCUUUGAAGAGAAUGGACUACUUUGAUCCAAUGAGGAAUGAGUACUUUUUUGAUCGAAACCGACCCAGCUUUGACGGGAUCUUGUAUUACUAUCAGUCAGGGGGUAAGAUCAGACGUCCAGCUAAUGUUCCUCUGGAUGUGUUUGCAGAUGAAAUUGUUUUCUAUGAACUUGGAAAUGAGGCAAUGGAGCAGUUCAGAGAAGAUGAAGGAUUCAUAAAGGAUGUUGAGAUCCCAUUACCAGAUAAUGAUGUGUACAGGCAAUUUUGGCUGUUGUUUGAGUACCCAGAGAGCUCAAAUGCAGCUCGAGGUGUCGCACUUGUGUCUGUUUUUGUUAUUGUCAUAUCCAUCAUUAUUUUCUGCAUGGAAACGCUGCCAGAAUUCAGAGAUGACACUGACCCAAUUGUGCCGACAGCAGUACAGCCUUUCAACCAAUCUAGAGUUUACACGUCUGCGACUCCAUCUGGCGUAAAGCCCACAACUUUCUCUGAUCCUUUCUUCAUCAUUGAGACUGCCUGCAUUGCAUGGUUCUUCUUUGAGCUCUGUGUGAGAUUCUUGGUCUGUCCUAGCAAAAGAGAAUUUUUCCACAACCUCAUGAACAUGAUUGACAUCAUAUCCAUCAUCCCCUAUUUUGUCACCGUAAUUACAGAAAUGGUCACAACACCACAGGAGAGCUCAGGACAGAACAUGUCUUUGGCCAUUCUGCGUAUCAUCCGCCUGGUCAGGGUGUUUCGAAUAUUCAAACUCUCACGUCACUCCAAGGGGCUGCAGAUCCUGGGGCAGACUCUGAAGGCCAGCAUGCGCGAGCUUGGCUUGCUGAUUUUCUUCCUCUUCAUCGGAGUCAUCCUCUUCUCCAGUGCUAUUUACUUUGCUGAAGUAGAUGAGCCUAACACACAGUUUGUCAGCAUACCUGAUGGCUUCUGGUGGGCUGUGGUUACCAUGACCACCGUAGGCUAUGGGGACAUGUGUCCCAUUACCAUGGGAGGUAAAAUGGUGGGCACCUUGUGCGCCAUUGCAGGUGUGCUGACCAUUGCUUUACCUGUUCCUGUCAUUGUUUCCAACUUCAACUACUUCUACCACAGAGAGACAGAAGCAGAGGACAAAUUACCCUUGGCAGAUGCAGUUGAGCAAGCAAUGAAUGCUGAGACAGGUACCAAAGAGGGUAGCAACACCUCACUCAGUAAAGCCAAUGGCAUCUGGCAGAGUGACAAAGGGAACUAACUGUAGUAGGACACGAUUUAGAAGGAGAUAAUUUGCCAGAAAGUAGGAACGAAACAUUAAAGAAGAAAAGAGUAUAAAUAAAUGUACUAGUGUUAUUUCCCUCAUCAGAUGGUCUGUAUACACUGAUCAGCCACAACAUUAAAACCACCUGCUUAAUAUUCUGUAGGUUCCCCUUGUGCUGACAAAACAUCUCUGACCUGUCAAGAGAAGGGACACAGGACCUCUGGGGGUAUGUUGUGGUCACCACAUCACAAUGUUGGGUCCUUUGGGACCUGUACAUUCGAUAAAGUUGGGAUCUGCAGGCUGUUGUUGUAGUCCUUCAGACAUUCCUAAGCUGUUUUUGAAAUGGGAUUGGGGUGCAUUGUCCAGCUGGGAUCAUCCACAUUAUUGCCAGAACCCAAGGUUUCCCCACAAACACUGCAUUGCGAACAGAUGAUUGAUGUUAUUUACUUCACCUGUCAGUGGCGUUAAUAUUGUGGCUGAAUGGUGGAUACACAGCAUGUGCUGCACUUACCUCUUUUAUGUCUAAUGUGAAAGUAACACUUGAAAAAUAACAGAUAAGCAGGAGAAAUCAUUAUUGUUAUUAAUGUUCAAGAUUGUAUGUCAGCAUAUUUCAAGACUACUUUGUGUUAGGACUCUUUCUUUAGUGGCAUACAAACAGAAAAAAAAAUGUCAUUGUCAUAAUUCAGAAGAUCAUUAUGUAUUUUUAUUUUACAAUUUUGGUCUUAUUUUCCUUGUCUUGGCCAUUAAUCCUGCUGCUUAUAACAUUUUGGACACCAGCUUUAGUGAUUUUUUUUUACAGAUAGUUUUCUGGGGCCAUAAAACAUGGGUCUUGGACAGGUUUAAACAAAUUAAAUUUAAUGAAAGUUAAGGAGAAAAGUUGUCACAAGCUAAAAUGUUAAUAUGAUUUUAUCUGUUAACAGCAUUUCAGAGCUACAUCUUAAUUCUUCAGCUUAUGGAAAUGACCUCUCUCCUGCUGGAAUAGCUGAUGCAUCAUCAGGUUUUUAUGAUGAUUUAUAGAUUAGGAAAAUGUGAGUAACAGUUCAUGUUACUCUGAACAGCUGUGGACCUAUCUGGGUGUACCACCCAACAAACACAAUUAGACAAUUUUUCCAUCCUUUAAAACAUUGCUUGAGGCUAACGUUUUGUGGCACCCAAUUGAUGCUGCUACAGUUGGCACAUAACUGUGCCAAAUCAUCACUGAGAGGAUAGGAGUGGUGGCCAGUCUUAUGCAAAUAAGACCAAAGUUGGUAAAAAAAGCGGCAUAAACAAAAACAAAAAAUCCUGCAUUUUCCUGCAAGUGUCGUGGAUGAGUAAUUUGUGUAUAGUUUCCAGAUAAUAGUCCUCCUGUAUUUAUUUAUUUAAAAAUGUUACAUGAUUCUAUUGUACUUAUUCAUCCUCUUUGAUGAGUAGCGUGGGUAAGAAUCCUUCACUCUUGUUAGUCUAACUGACUCCACACAGUGUAUUAUAAUGGAGUGCCUUAUGUUGUGUAAAGUUGGGAUAUGAAUUUGAAUUUGCCAUACAUAAUCUUACAGUAAUAUCUAUGUUUAUCUUGCAUAUGCUCAGUAUUUUGGUUUAAAAUAUAGAAGUUGUAACCUCCCUUGUUUAUGUUAUAAACAUCAUCAUGUUUGUCCAUUAGUGAACAUCAUAUUGAGGAAGUAAACUAUUAAUUAACUAACUAUAGUUGAUGAGAACAUUAUGAAAAAAUGCUGAAAAAUUGAAGGAGAGAAGGAAGAAGCCAAAGAUAUUUGUGGAAUAAAGGGAACUCAUUGCGUUAUAAGGCAACCUGUAACAUGUAAAUUAUGCUGUAUCAGUGUAAUGUUCUGGUGGCACGUUUUAUGAUGUAUAUCUCUUUUAUAACUUGUUUUCCUAUUAUAAAAGACAUCUUGAAAAGUAGAAUUAGUGUGGUGGGAUCCUGGAUUAUGAUUAUGUUUUUCACAGAAUAGCUGCAGACUUGUGUCAUGUCUGAAACUCUGACUGAGCAUAUGAUCAAAAAUUACAUGUACGUGUAUGUGUUUGUUUGUCUGUGUGUCUGACUGUGAGCUUCAUGGUGAUGAUGACUUUACAGUAAGAUGUCAGUUUUUAUGAUAUAGUCAUCCCCUCAUCUGUAAAGUCUCUGUUGUGCAACAAGUUCAGAGGUCGACGGGCCUGAAGUGAUCACCUGCAUUGCUAUCAGUUGCAGCAGGUUUAUUACACAAGACCAUAACACUGUAUUUGUAUUUGUAUGUAUGAUAACAUUUCAGUAUAGAAUUUACUGUAAUGUAUGCAAUAUAUUCUGGGAUUUUAA